AUGGUGAGCAAGUGCACUCUCCUUGUCAUGACGGCGACGGUAGUGAUUCUGCAUCGGACUCUCUGCGUUGCUGCCUCGCCGGCGACGCCGGUCGCAGCGCCGCCGGCGACGAAGCAGACGACGCGGACCCCCGCGCUGUUCCUGUUCGGGGACUCCAUCGUGGACACGGGCAACAACAACGGCAUUAUCACGACGAUACGCUGCAACUUCGCGCCCUACGGUCAGGACUUCCCCGGGCACAACGCCACCGGCAGGUUCAGCAACGGCAAGGUGCCCGGCGACAUCGUCGCCAGCAGGCUGGGCAUCAAGGAGUACGUGCCGGCGUACCUCGGCACAGAGCUCAGUGACUUCGACCUCCUCACCGGCGUCAGCUUCGCGUCCGGCGGCUGCGGCUUCGACCCCCUCACCGCCGAGCUCGUGUCGGUGCUCACCAUGGACAACCAGCUGGACCUGUUCAAGGAGUACAAGGAGAAGCUGAAGCGCGUCGCCGGCGCCCACCGUGCCGCCGACAUCGUGUCCACGAGCCUGUACAUGGUGAUCACCGGCACCGACGACCUCGCCAACACCUACUUCACCACGCCGUUCCGGCGAGACUACGACCUCGAGUCCUACAUCGAGUUCGUCGUGCAGUGCGCCUCCGACUUCAUCAAGAAGCUGUACGGUCAGGGCGCGCGGCGCAUCAACAUCGCCGGCGCGCCGCCCAUCGGUUGCGUGCCGUCGCAGCGGACCAACGCCGGCGGGCUGGAGCGGGAGUGCGUGUCGCUCUACAACCAGGCGUCCGUCGUGUACAACGCGGCGCUGGAGAAGGAGAUCAAGCGGCUCAACGGCAGCGAGGCGCUCCCGGGCUCCGUGCUCAAGUACAUCGACCUCUACACGCCGCUCAUCGACAUGAUCCAGCGCCCUGACGCCUACGGAUUCGACGUGACCAACCGGGGGUGCUGCGGCACGGGGGUGUUCGAGGUGACGCUGACGUGCAACCGGUACACGGCGGAACCCUGCGGAGACCCCAGCAAGUUCCUCUUCUGGGACACCUACCACCUCACGGAGAGAGGCUACAACCUCCUCCUGGAGCAGAUCAUUAACCGAUACGGGAUGUGA